AUGUCAGGCUGGUUCACUCUCUUCACCAAUUGUCGCUACAUCCUCAAUGGCGAGCUUGUCGAGGACCAUCUCGUUAUCUCAGAUGAGACCGGACUUAUCCUGAAAAGAGAAGGCUACAUUGGGGGCGAGGCCAUCGACUUGGAAGACACUAUCAUAGCUCCAGGCUUCUUGGAAUUGCACACCAAUGGGGCAAAUGGCUUCCAUUUCACACACUAUGAGGACGAAAAGACAUAUGCGACCAAGAUCGAUGAUAUUGCGAGGUACUACGCGACUCAGGGUGUCACGGGGUUCUGGGCAACCCUACCAACUAUAAAGAGUAAUGAAUUCCAAAAGAUUCUUCCCUCUCUGAAGCCACGGCAGAUUUCCUAUUCAGCAUCUCUGCUCGGAGCUCAUACCGAAGGGCCAUAUCUACAUCCAGAUAAGAAGGGCGCGCACAACAGCUCCCUCUUUCACCUAUGCUCAACCUCCCCUUCGACUGUGUACGGAUCCACUAAUCUGCAAUCUACUGUCAAGCUUGUGACCGUCGCACCAGAACUCCAAGAUUCAGCUGCACUUAUCAAAUCGCUUACGUCGCAGGGCAUCAAAGUAGCAAUGGGCCAUUCUACUGCCACGUAUGAACAAGGAUUGACGGGGCUGAAAGCUGGAGCAAGUGUAUUGACGCAUACCUUGAAUGCCAUGCCAGCUUGGGCAUCGAGAGCGCCCGGACUAGCUGGUCUGGUCUCGCUACCGGAUUCAGGAAAAGUCGCACCACCGUGGUACACUAUCAUUGCAGACGGAGAGCAUCUGCAUCCCAACACCGUGUCCUUGCUCCAUCGCUCAAGCCCAAAGCGGUCGAUUCUGAUAACAGACAGCAUUGAACUUGCUUCACUCAAGGAUGGAACAUACCCUGGCCACUCGCAAAUUCCCUUUGAACAGGUGAAGAAUGGUACACGGGCGACGAUUGCUGGAACCGACACGUUGAUCGGUGGUUGUAUACCGCUCCAGCAGAGUGUGAGGAACUUGAUGGAUUGGUCUGGAUGUGGAAUCGCAGAGGCUGUAGGCACGGUCACAGAAAACGUGGCUGCCUUUAUGGGCGUUGACGGAGAAGGUGGAAGAGGUUUGCUGAAAGAGGGUAGAAGAGCAGACUUGACGGUAUUGAAUGAGCAUGGCGAGGUGCUCCAAACGUGGGUCGCGGGACACAAAGUAUGGGACAAGGAAGAAGACAUCAGGGCGCACGAGGACGAUGUCAGCUCUCGAGGCACAAACGACCUCGUCUCUCUAACUGUCGAUGCGCAUAUCGUACACACCACCCAAACCAUGAGCACCGAUAACAACCCCCAGUCUAUAUUGCACAUCUCUGCACCCGAACCACAUGAACCAUCCCCGCCCCUUCUCAUCUUCGUCCUCGGCCCUCCCUGCGCCGGCAAGUCGACGAUAUGCACCAUUCUAGCCAAACACUUCAACCUAGACCACUUCUCCCUCGGCAAUGAGCUCCGUAACCUGGUCUCCUCAAACUCGACUGGCCAUCCCGCUCGCAUAAAAUGCAAGCUGUCGGUAGAGGAGCUGGGAGAUCUCGCCAAGAACGUCAAAGCAGGAACACUGGCGCCGUCCAACAGAACACCCAAGUACGUUCGGGAGCGGAUUUUCCCUGAUGGCGUUGUUCCGCCAAACGUACGGAUCCUGAUAGAUGGCUUUCCUAGGGGAGUGGAUCGGUGGGAGACCUUCAAGGAGAGUGUCAAAGAUAUAUGGCAGCCCAAUGGCAAUACUUGGGUAUUAGCAUUGUGUACUGAUCGAGAAGUGGCAAGAGAGAGGUUUGUGAGUCGCGGAAGGGCAGGCGAUGUCUUCGAUAAGCGAUAUGACAGUCAUAAGGAUUCUAUCAGCGAGAUCAUCGCUGCGAUGAAGCAGGAUGAGAUGAAUGUGAUUGAGUGUGAGACUGGGCUGGGCUUCGACCCGCAAGAUAUAGUCGGAAUCGUUGAGAGCAUCUCACGAUUGGUGGAGGGCAAUCAGGCGUGA